AUCAAAAUACAUAAAUCAAAUUAUUUGGUUAGUUCGGCAUAAGCAAUCGAAAAUGUAAGGCGUUCGGUUAUCUUGAGCGCACCGAAAUUAACGCUUAAUUAAUGGGUACUUUACAAAAACGUUAUCUCGGUAAAUGGGUCGUAAUGUGGCAGAGACAUAAAAAAUUGCCAACUUUAAAAGUCACGAACGGAUUAAGUUUGAAUUUAUUGUUAGUGCCGGGCCGGUGUUAAUCACUUUAAAUGCACGUUAACAUUUUUAUGCAACGCGUUUGAAUUAUUUGUUCUGGCAAUGGUUUGUUUGUUGUUGUUUGUUGUUGGUGGGUGAUUUAUUAAAGUGCAACAAAUUAUAAAAUUUAUUUUUUAAUAAUACCUCGUAAAACAAUCUAUUGUCUCACAAUGGCAAAAACGGUCUAUGGUUCAACGAUUUUCUGAUAAUUAUUUAAAUUGCUUUCGAAUAUACACUCCCCACCCGACCACGGAACACGCAAAUUUCUGUGAAUUCUAGAAGUCAUAAAGUCGGAAUUAAAUAAAAAGAAAGGAAAAAACUUCGCUUAAAAACCAACGAUAGUCUUGUUCUUUAAACUAAAACACAGUUCGGUCGAAUAGUAGUUAAAAAUGUGCCGAAACGGACUCUUUAUUAAUUCAUUAAUUUUAUGCGUCGCCUUAAGCGUAGCCAACGCACAAAACUACACGAACUAUGACGAAAAUUAUGGAAAAACGUGGAUGUACUUUCCGGACGGAGACGGUGUACCGCAAGUGGUUUACUUAACCGAAGCCCCAGUUGGGACUAGUCGCAGUUUGUCGGUGAAAAGUCGAACUAAUUUCGAACUUUAUACGAGGAAUUCGCGGAAACCAAAGGUUAUGCAGCUACGGAAAAAGAGAGACGUCUCUAUGGAUGAGUUUAACAAGAACUAUGAUCCGAAUAAGCCGACAAAAAUCAUAAUCCAUGGAUGGCGAUCAAAUACAAACAGUGAUACCGUGCAGAACAUAAAGGACGCAUAUUUACAGAAGUACGACGUCAAUGUUAUAGCUGUUGAUUGGGCGAACGUAGCCUCGAAUAUCUAUUACUUUACACCUGCAACGCAAACUCGAGACGUCGGACGAUAUGUGUCGGAGCUCAUCUAUUACUUGAUAACGGACCGAGGAACCGACGUAAAUAAAAUUCACAUCAUUGGACAUAGCCUUGGUGCGCACGCAGCAGGUUUUGCUGGGUCGUUUAUUCAGCCCACAAAAUUAGCUCGAAUAACAGGCCUGGAUCCUGCGAGUCCGAAAUUUGAUGGGACGGGUGGGGAUAACAGACUCGAUACAUCUGAUGCGAAUUUUGUCGAUGUAAUACAUUCCUGCGGUGGGAUUCUGGGCAUUAAACAACCUAUCGGUCACGUCGACUUUUUCCCCAACAACGGCGAAGCUGUUCAGCCUGGGUGUAAUGGUGUCCAGGAAGUGAUGGAAGCCUGUAGUCAUGGCAGAGCUCACAAAUUUUACGCCGAGUCCAUCAAUUCCAGCAAAGGUUUCUAUGGCUAUGCUUGUGACUCCUUUGUAUUAUUUCUACAGGGGAAAUGUCCAUCAAAGAAAAUGAUUAUGGGUGAUCAGACACCAUCGACUGCUAGAGGAAUUUACUACCUGCAAACGAGCGGUGCGUCGCCAUUUGCAUUAGGAAAUAUUUUUUAGACUUUUGCGAGGAGCAAAAGACACUAAUUGUUCCAGUAAUUUGCUCGUGUCCUUGUAGUGUCAUUAGGUUUGGAGUCAGUAUUAUUUAGAGUUAGUAUAAGCAUAUCUUCAGCCUACCUUUUUAAGCAGAUCAGUCUAAAUAAAGAAACAUAAUUCUUGUUACCUGA